AUGUCGGUCAAGGCGUCACUGGAUACGGCUAACCGCCCUGAUGAGUGGAUGAUCGAGCAGGGCAUGGCUGGUCACAAACUACCAAUUCUUGAUCAGAGUGGCCGGGAAACUGUUCACAUUUAUCCGCCUAAAUCACGCAAGGCUUUCAAAGAUGAAGAGGCCAUUGCUUCGGUUGGAGAUCCCAAUAAAUUGUUUAAGCGGGAGCGAGUUGGAUGGAAAGGAUACGUCGAAUGGGAAGAAUUCCCCGAGAAGAAAGCAAGCGCCCACAAGCUUCUCGCCUCUCAAAGCUUCCCGGACAGUCCGGAUUUCAUGUUCGGUCCAAUUCCUGGGACGAACCCCGUUCUACCCGGAGAUGACUUCGUGGCCUGGCAUGAAGCAAUUGGUGGGGAAUUGACACCCGUCCCUGAAGACUCAUGGCAAACUGUGCUACAGGAGAAGCACCCAGACAUGCUGCAUCUUCUGAAAUUCCCUUACAAUGGCGAACCUCCGAAACGACUGGUUACUUCCAAAGCUAUCACGCCAAAUCCCCUCCACUUCGUUCGAAACCAUGGUGGCAUUCCGAUAAUUGAUAAGGACAAGUGGGACCUCUCACUUGAUGGGCUGGUACAAACACCGAAACGAUUCUCCCUGGAUGACUUGAUGGAUGAGAAUCGCUUUCCUCGAAUCGAAAAGACAGUGACGAUGCAGUGCUCGGGAACUCGCCGGAUCGAGCAGAUCGGGCUUUACGGUGGCCAGGGUGAUGAGGUUCCCCAAGCUCCUUGGGCUGAAGGUGCAAUCGGUACAGCGCGGUAUGUGGGCGUCAGCUUGAAGAAGCUUAUCAAGGAAUGCGGAGGACUUGUCAAUUCUGCGAAACAUCUCGAGCUCUACGGAGCUGAGACAUAUGUAAAAGAUCUCGAGGUUGGCAACUACGUUGUCAGCGUGCCUUGGUCAAAGGUCAAAGCAAACGAAGUCCUCCUAGUCUGGGAAAUGAACGGCGAGCCACUACCCAAGAUCCACGGGUAUCCUCUGCGGGUGAUUGUUCUGGGAUAUAUUGGUGCCCGCAGUGUCAAAUGGCUAUAUCGAAUCAAAGCCAUCAAAGAUACCUCUCGUGCUCCGGUCCAAGCCAGAGAGUACCUCUACUUCAACCAGCAGGUGGGCAAGUACAACCUCCGCCCGACUGACGGUAUCCAGAUUCAGGAGAUGCCGGUCAGUUCGGCGAUCAUGUCCCCCUGGACAAAGCAAGCAGUUAUCCACGUGGGGAAAAUUCGCUGUAAGGGCUGGGCAUAUUCUGGUGGUGGCCGAUGGCCUGAGCGAGUGGAAUUAUCUGCAGAUGGAGGCUUCACCUGGUACGAAGUGCCGGCAGAGAAUAUGUCUAAGAAAGGUCGUUGGACCUGGCGAACGUGGGAGAUCGACCUUCCAUGCGAAGUUGAAGGUUGGAUUGAGAUCGUCUGUCGGUGCUGGGAUAACUCGCUAAACACCCAGCCGCUGAAUAUUCGUGCAGCAUGGAACUGGGGGCUGCAUGUUACUUCUUCCGCCCAUCGAAUUAAGGUCUACAGUAUUAAUAAGAGUCGGGAAAUUACGAGGAAAAGAUUGGAUAAAUAUGAUCAAAUGGGUGUACCAUUGGCUCCGCUGACCCGCUACGAGAUCAUGCCUAUUCAAAAUGCCGAUGAGUAUGAAGUGUUUUGGAAUACACAUGACCCGCGAGAUGUGGAUGACUAA